UAGAGUCUUGUCAUGAAAUCCGUGUAAUAAUAGUUGUUGUAAGUAGAAAUCUUCAUUGAUACACUGAGAUAGAGAUAGAGAGAGAGAGAGAAACAAAGAAAAAAAUCACCAAACAAAUAUUUAUAGCAAAAAAGAAGAAAAAAGUUACACACACAAAGAGAGAGAACAAAAAACAGAAAAAUAGAGGAGCGUGCUGAGUGGAUUCACACUUAGCUUUGAAAUUCAGGUGUAACUGUACUGUAAAGCUAGGAUUUUGGUAAAGUUGAAGUCUUUUUUUCAGUAGUUGACUGGUAGAGUUGAAAUAUUUGUGCAAAAAAAUGGCUGGUGACAAUGAUGAAGGUAAUAGUGAUAUGGUGCAAAGACUUCAAUCAUCAUUUGGUACGUCAUCUUCCUCAAUCCCUAAACAACUUCAACCUAUUUCAAUGAACCAAUUGGAUAUACCCCAGUUGACUAAUACUUCCCAAUUUCGUGGUCAAAUGAGGCAAUUUUCACCCAAUUUUGGUGUUGAAAAUAGUACUAAAAGAGUAGGGAUACCACCUUCUCACCCGCAAAUGCCCCCUAUUUCACCAUAUUCUCAGAUCCCUGUAACCCGACCCGGGAAUAAUCAGCAAAUGGGCAUAGGGCCAUCGCAUUCGCGAUCUUUAUCUCAGCCGGCGUUUUUCUCACUGGAUUCCUUGCCACCUUUGAGCCCUUCACCGUAUAGGGAAUCCCCGUCCACGUCCAUGUCUGACCCGAUAUCUGCUGACGUGUCGAUGGGUGGGGAUCAGGAUGGCAAUUCACAUUCCUUAUUGCCCCCCACGCCUUUCUCGAGGUGUAAUUCGUCGAGGCAAGGAGAGAGUCGUCCUCCUCGUAAGGCUCAUCGGAGGUCUAAUAGUGAUAUCCCAUUCGGCUUUUCUCCUAUAAUGCAGUCCUCGCCGCCACUUGUUCCAUUAAGGGAUAAUAAACCAGUUCAGUUGGUUAAACGUGAAUCAAUGUGGGAUAAUAGAGGAAAUGAUAACAGCAAUGUUGAAGGGAUGGGUGAGAGGAAAUCCGAAGGAGAAGUUGUGGACGACCUUUUUAAUGCAUAUAUGAAUUUGGAAAAUUUUGAUGCGUUUAACUCUUCGGGUAAUGAGAACCGUGAAGAUUUAGAUAGUAGAGCGAGUGGUACAAAGACGGGUGAUAGUAGUGAUAAUGAAGCAACAAGCAGUGUUAAUGACAGUGGUGGAAGUAACAAAAGGAGUGCUGUGGGAGAUAUUGCUCCGACCACGAGACACUAUAGGAGUAUUUCGAUGGACAGUUUUAUGGGAAAGUUGAACUUCGUUGAUGAUUCACCAAAGUUGCCUCCGUCUCCUGGACCACGCCCGGGCCAACUCUCUCCAACCAAUUCACUUGAUGGAAAUUCAAACAGCUUCAGUUUGGAAUUCGGAAAUGGUGAAUUUAGCGGAGCUGAAUUGAAGAAAAUUAUGGCAAAUGAGAAACUUUCAGAGAUAGCUUUAACGGAUCCAAAACGAGCCAAAAGGAUUUUAGCCAACCGUCAAUCUGCUGCUCGUUCUAAAGAACGAAAGAUGAGAUAUAUUGCUGAGUUAGAACACAAGGUACAGACGUUGCAGACUGAAGCCACCACAUUGUCUGCUCAAUUGACCAUGUUGCAGAGAGAUUCUGCUGGGCUAACGAGCCAAAAUCAUGAGCUGAAGUUCCGUUUGCAAUCCAUGGAACAGCAAGCCCAACUCCGUGACGCUCUAAAUGAAGCAUUGACCGCUGAAGUACAACGCUUGAAGAUUGCAACCGCUGAGCUUAAUGCAGAUGCUUCCAAGUUUCAGCAGCUUUCUCUCAAUCCUCAAAUGUUCCAGUCUCAGCAACCGCAGUCUAAUCAGCGAAACAUGCAUCAGUUGCAGCAGCAGCAGCAGCAACAACAGUCAUCUCAGCCUCAACAACAUGCUCAGGCACGGCAACCCUCCGCACCUUCAAAACAUGAAUCAAAGAAGUAGCUUUUGGGAAUAUCCGAUCAUCGUAAUAUUUAUAUUAGUUUGUCGAUAGAUGUUGCAAGUGAUUUCAUAUCAUUCAAUGCAUUCAUUCAUUAGUUCUGCAUUCACAACAAAACACACUAAGGCGUGGUAUUUAUUAUCUAUAGGACAUGCAUGUUCAUUGGAGUAAAUUAGUCACAGAGGGGCUUUAGACGUAUACAGUUCGUCUUUUUUUGUUCCACAAGGAUAUUGAAUUCAAGGUCAUAUGAACUUGACUCGUUUUGUUAUUAGGGAAGGUAAAUUGAAAUUCGACUUGCUUCA